CUGGGUCGUGAGUGCUGUAAUAGCCAGUUUGCGAGUGCGGAUUAAGUUUUUGCGCGCGGGCUCUCCCGUGCCCGACGGCAUUUGUCAUACCGCUUUCUUUCGCCCCUCUCGUGCUCCUCCGAGUCAUUGGGAAAAUUCAAAGUGCACAUACACCUGUACACGAAAAAACAAAAAGAGAGAGAGAGAGAGAGGCGGGGGCGUAAACAUUUGGCGCCCAACUCUUGGGUAUACGGGGUUUCUCUCUGCUCGCGAAGUGUGCGAAAAAGGAGCGAGAGGUAUACCUAUAUGCCACGGUAGAGCGCGCACAGCGGUGAAUGUCGUCGUCUUCCACUUCACCAUCCUCUGCUCGUUGGUGCUCGGGUUGAGGACGCGAGCGAGGAAGAAAAAAAAAAAUAAAAAUAAAAAUAAAAAAUAUAGAGAAACAAUUCUUUGCGGCUGUUGUUGUUUAUGUACACCUGUAUUACAUUGCGCUUCCGCAUUGGGCCGUGUCUUUAAUUAGCCAGACAAAACAUCAAACGUCACUCAAGAUAACACGGGCUUCCCUCGGUCGACUCUAUUUAUAUCAUCGGAAGGUGCGCGGUGUCGUAAAAAUCAAGGGAGCUUCGGCUUUUGCUGGAAAGGAUCUAUAGAGUCACUUGUUGAUCGGGUGCCGAUCCGAGGAACGCCGCGAGGAUGGCAGAAGCCCACUCGGCCGUCGCGUUCAGCUUCUCGAUAACCCACGAGGGCUGGGACGUGAACUUCGACCGCGAGGUCCUCAACCUCGUCUGGCAAUCGGGCGUUCGCUCCUGGAAAAAGCGAUACUUUCGAUUUUACAACAACAUAAAAAGCGGCGUGUAUCCGGCGUCGCUUACCAGCAUGUGGCUGUCGGUGAUAAUCGUCACGGCUGUACACUUUGCCGGCUACAAAGUACCUUACGACCCCGUCGGAAAAGUCGCGCCGUACCUGUUUGCCUCUUACAUGCUCGCCCACUUGGCGGGCUGUUUCGUCGUGGGUCUCCUGUUGUGGCUGGUGACGAUUUACGCGAUACGCUACACCUUGAAGCUGCUGCUCAUCUACAAGGGCUGGAUCUACGAGGCGCGCGGUCAGGGCAGCACCGUCUCGCCCGUCACGAGGUUUUGGGCACUUGCGGUCAAGCUGUUCUCCGGCUGGCACAAGCCCAUGCUGUACAGCUUCCAGGGCUCGUUGCCUCGUCUCCCACUGCCCAGUCUCGACGACACCAUGACCAGGUAUCUGAGGAGCGUGAGGCCGCUGCUGGACGACGAGAACUACAAGCGAAUGGAGCGAUUGGCCAGCGAGUUCCAGAGCGGCAUCGGGGUCAAGCUGCAGCGCUACCUCAUCCUCAAGUCUUGGUGGUCGAGCAACUACGUGUCCGACUGGUGGGAGGAGUACGUCUACUUGAGGGGCCGCUCGCCCAUCAUGGUCAACUCGAACUUUUACGGGAUCGACGCCAUCCUCAUGCACCCGACCAAGAUACAAUCGGCGCGCGCGGCCAGCGCCAUACACUCCUGCCUGCAGUACAGGCGGCUCAUAGAGCGACAGGAGCUCGAGCCGAUUUUGAUUCAGGGAAUCGUGCCUUUGUGCUCGUGGCAGUACGAGAGGGUCUUCAAUACGACGAGGAUCCCGGGAAUUGAGACCGACAGGAUCGUGCAUUACCAGGACUCGAAGCACGUCGUCGUUUACCACAAGGGCAAAUACUUCAGGCUGCCGAUUUAUUACAAAAACCGGCUCCUGCAGCCCGGCGAAAUUGAAUCGCAAAUCCAAGCCAUCCUGGACGACAAGAGCACACCCUGCGAAGGCGAGGAGAGACUCGCGUCUUUGACCGCUGGGGAGCGAACGCACUGGGCCAAGACGCGCGAGGAACACUUUAGCAGGGGUAUCAAUAAAAAUUCUCUGGACAUCAUCGAAAAGUCCGCCUUCGUCGUUGCCCUCGAUGAUGUGCCCUACGAGUUUGACAAAAAUCAUCCGAAAAAACUCGACAACUACGGACGCAUUCUCCUGCACGGAAAGGGUUACGACCGCUGGUUCGACAAGUCAUUUACUUUGUGCGUUGGGAACAAUGGCAGGAUCGGUUUCAACGCUGAACACUCGUGGGCGGAUGCUCCUAUUAUGGGAACACUUUGGGAAUACAUACUUGCCGUUGAUGUGGAAGUGGGAUUCAAAGAAGACGGCCACACAAAGGGAACCCCAGAAUUCACACCGCCAGCCCCGACCCGACUGCAGUGGGACCUGAGUCCAAAGUGCCUCGAAGCCAUCGAGACCUCGUGUCUGGUGGCCGAGGAACUCGUGAACGGAGUCGACCUUCGGAUAUACGUGCACGACGUGUACGGCAAGGGUUUCAUGAAGAAGAGCGCCAUGUCCCCCGACGCUUACAUACAAAUGGCCCUGCAGCUCGCGUACUACCGCGACGCCGGUAAGUUCUGUUUGACGUACGAGGCCUCGAUGACGAGGCUGUACCGGGAGGGUCGCACCGAGACCGUCCGGCCCUGCACCAUCGAGUCUUCGGCCUGGGUCAAGGCCAUGGAGAACAAAUCGUCCACGGUCGAAGAGAGGUACAAGCUUUUGAAAGCUGCCGCUGUUCAGCAUCAGAAAGGGUACCAAGACGCCAUGUGCGGAAAGGGAAUCGACAGGCAUCUUUUCUGUCUCUACGUCAUCUCCAAGUACUUGGAGGUUGAUUCUCCCUUCUUGAAGGAAGUGCUCAGCGAGCCGUGGAAAUUGUCCACUUCGCAAACUCCCCACGGGCAAACGUCCAAGUUGGAUCUGAGAAAGUACCCGGACUGUAUUUCGGCCGGCGGUGGAUUUGGACCGGUGGCGGAUGACGGUUACGGCGUGUCGUACAUCAUUGCGGGCGAAGAUAUGAUUUUUUUCCACAUCUCGAGUAAAUUUAGUUCUCCCAUGUCGGACUCCAAGAGGUUUAGCAAUCGAAUCAAGACAGCCUUGACUGACAUGAGAGAUUUGUUUUUGGAGUACAAGAAGCUACAGAAUCAAGCCAAUGGAUUCACAUAACGUAGCGACGCAUACUAGUUGAUGGAUUUUUAGAAGAUUUUCAUCCGAGUUUCAUGGAGAAUCAUCUGUGCGAGUUUUUUACCUCUCGACAAAUAUAUAUGUAUAUGUAAACAGGUUUACUGCGUUUGUCUGUUUUUGUAUGGUCGAUAUUGACUUUUGAUAUUAUAAUUUUUACCAAACAGUGAAACGCACAAACUAUUGUUGAUUUUUAAUCAUCGCGAUGCGGCGACUAACUAAAUUUUGUAAAUUAAAAAGACGAAACAAAGUUGCGAGUGGUUUUUUACCAAGGUGUGAUCAUCGCGGGCAAACUAUAUAGUUGAAUAAUCAGAGACAGUUGUAGAGAUUUUAAGACAAAUAAGCGACAAUUCUUCCAAUUGAUGAGAAUGUGAACUUCUUCUUCCAAUUUUAAUUUUUAUGGAUCGCAAGGCGGAGAUUUAAAUGAUAAAUAUUAUUAUGAGAAGACCAACGUUGAUAGAUAUUUAUAUUGACAACUUCUUCGUUAAAACAAUGCAAUUAGAGUAAUAAGAACAUGUCAUAAGUGAUAUUACAGUAAUUGUACUGUCCUCGUUUUUUUGUCAAAUUUGACAAAAAAAACGAAAAAGUUUGUUAACCUAAGACUAUAUUAAUUAGUGUUUUAGUGAAUGAAAAAAAAAAAAAAAAAAAAUUUAAAAACGUGUUUGGCGAGUGAACUUUUAUUAUGAAUAUUGACGAAUUCUUUAUAACGAGAGAAAAAAAAUGUGAUCGCGCCGAAUUUUUUAGUAUUAGGAAAUGUUAAGUGAUGCCAUGAUUUUCAAAUGUGCAACCUAUCAAUGCAAAAUAAUGAAAUAUUACAAAUAAUUUUGUACGAUUAUAUAUUUUCUAUGUUGUUAACACGCAAUUAGUAAAGGUAUCGGUGAUGCUUAAGACCUACGGUUGCCAAUGUUUAGUCGUAAAAAAUUAUCUUUGCAAAUUUUUCAUCCUAAAUUCUUAUAAAAAAAGUGUUUAAAUAUGUAAUUUUUUAUCAAACAAAUAAAUAUAUACAACAAAAGUAGCGUGUCUUGUACAACUUACGAUCAAUUACUAAAGUUGUAUUACCAGCAGCAAAUAAAGUGGUUUUGUUUUUCAAAUAGA